UCCAGUAAUUUUCAAAAAUGUCGUUGGAGGCUCUAAAAUGACUUGAAAUCCACCAGAAGUCGUCUUCAGAGGGUGUUGAAAUUGGAGUGUAGAGUAAAUUUCAGCUUUCCAUCUCCAUCUUUGAUGAAAUUUUGUGAAAAUUUAAAGUUUCAAAAAUCUGCUGGAGGCAUCAGGAAGUUUGAAAAAGUAGCUGGAGGCUUCAAAACGACUUGAAAUUCACCUGCAGUACUUCGUAGCGUAUUGAAAUUAGUUUUUAGAAUAAAUUUCAGCUUUACAACUCCAAUUUGAUGGAAUUUUGUGAGAAUUUCGAGUUUCAAAAAUCUGCUGGAGGCUCCAGAACUGCUCUAAACGGGUUGAAACCGUUUCCAAUCGAUUUGUUAUGUCGAAAAUAGGGUAUAUCUCACAUUUCAGCUUUCUUGGUUAAUUUGGUAAAAUUUUGAUUUUUUCCCUCAUUUUUGGCCUAAAUUCGAUUUUCAAAAAUUCACCAAAAAUUGAAAAAUGAACUUUAGCACUUGAAAUUUUGACAGGUGAUAAAUUUUUGCAUGAUCUUUCGAUCUACUUUUGUAAAGUUUGAAAAAGUUCGUGCAAGUCCUAUGUUAAAACGCAAAAUCUGCGAUUUCGGCUGACCUGUCAUUCAAAAUGGCCGCCAUUUUGUAAGUAAGGCCAAUUUUUUUUUGGCAAGUUGGCUUUAAAAUGUUCCUUAGGAUGUCCCCUUUAAGAAAAAAGUUGUCCCCGAGGAUCGGCGGGGGGGGGGUGCAAUUACUCCUAUUGUCAUAUGCCGGACUGUAAAUCAUGUUCAUUUUAUCCAGUAAAGAUAAUUUAAAUACGAAUGGAAAAAUUUUAGAAUAAAAAACCCCUCUCUUCCUUCAAUACACAAAAUUUCAAAAUUUAUGUUCAGCUAAAUCCAUUGAAAUGAAAAGUACAUAGGUACCCACAAAAAUUGAAUCCAGCACUUUUCAAACUACAAUAGCGUGUAAGGUAGGUAAAGGUACCUACUUUUUUUUCGCAAUAAAACAGCAGUUUGAUUUUUCGAAACACGUUCUCGAAAAAAAUCAAAUUUUACGAGAAGAUUUCACUGAAUUGAAACAUUUUAAAAAAUGUGUUUUUUGAGAAGUUAUUUAAAAGUAGGUACCUAGGUACAUAAUUAGGUAUGUACGUAAGUUUGGAAUUUUUCUUUCGAAUUUUCUGAAUUCAUAACACGAGGUUCAAAUUUUUUCAAUAUUAUUUUGAAAAAAUUGUGGAUUUCUUUCGCAAGUUUGGCAAAAACGAAACACUUCUCGUCUAAUAUUUUGAAAAAAAUAAUGACUUUUUGGCCAUUUUCUCAAAACGAGGACCUUUUUUACAAGUUUGAAAAAAAGACAUUUUUCUUAAAUUUUAGCACAAGAACUAGGAUUUUUCAAGUUUGGUAGCUAAAAAGGACUUUUUGAAAAUCGUUGGCAAAAAAUUAUCUCCUUUUUGCAAGCGAUUUAAAAAAAAACAAGACUUUUUCUAUUUGAAAAAAAAAAACGACAAAUUGUGUAAAGCUUCUCCUCCUCUCACCUCCCACCACCUCCAAAAAAAUGGAAAAAAUUGUUAAAAAAUAAAAAACUUAUGUUUGCAGAAAUUUAUUAAAAAUUUCUUACCUAUUGUGUGAAUAAUCAGUACUCUUUUUUGCAAAUGAAGAGUGAUAUUCCAAAACUCGCUUUGUCCAUUUUCACAACUUUUCAGGAGAGAGGAAAAACAGUUUCCCUUUAAACGGGUAAAUUGGCUUUUUAGGCGAGUUUAGCACUUUAUUUGGGUGGAUUUAUGAUGUAGGAGUGUAGGUAUACAUUUCAUCCACUAAAUACUGCUGAAAAAAAUUUCAAUAAAAAUAGACAAAGCGCGUUUUGGAACAUUAUUUUUUUUUAAAUUUUUAGUGAAUUGGCUAUUUAGGUGAGUUUAACACCUCAUUUUGGUAGGUUGAUGAUGUAGGAAUGUGAGUUAAUACUUCAUCUACCAGGUACCACUGAAAACCCAAUUUUGAUAAAAAUGAACAAAGCGAGUUUUGGAAUAUCACUCUUCAAAUGAAUACACUUAUUUUUUUCUCUCAUACCACCGAAUUCUGUAGUACUUUAAAAUACUAUGAAUACAAAAUGCUAAUCAAUUCUUAGAAUAAGUAAAUUAUCUGUAUAAUUUGUAAAAAUAUGCACAUCUUAUUCUCAACUACGAGCAUAGGUAUUAUAAACCACCCGAAUAUAGGUACCUACAUAUUAUUUUGCAUUUCGUUUAAAUUCACACCAAACAAACAUGCAAAUAGUGAUCUGGGCGGCUAUUCCCGAAAUACCUUUGCCCCCUCAAUCACCGCAAUCGACGUAAUGAGCGUUGCAAAUUAUUGGCGAUAUCUACUAGAGAAAAAAAAUAUAUUUUAACUAAAUAUUAAUUGGACUUUAUAAACAUAAUUGUUACUCAAAUAUUAAAAUAACGCAUAUUACGCCGAACACGGUUACUUCUUGGCGACGCAAACGACGCAAUCUUCUACGUUCAAUGCGUUCGAUUACGUCGAUUGCGGAGGCAAAAAUAUUUCGGGAAUAGCCCUGGGUUGUGAGCCAAGUUUCAGUGAUGCUAGAAACUAGUCUUGGUGAUUGAAUGUAGGCAUCUAGUUUGAACAUCAGCGUUUAACGUUGUCAAAUCUCACACGUGCUAUGAAGCUAAUUUGUGUACUUGAUACUCGUAUUAGUACCCUGCCCACAUACAUGGUGGUUUAUUAAGUUUUAUUAUUUUUUGGUAUAAUAUGAUAUCAGUUUUGGCGUAAAUUCUUCAAAAAAAGUCAGUCCGUAAACUGCGAUCAUCAAUCAAAAUCCACAGAAGUGCAUCGCAAUGACUGGGAAUUUAUCAAAACGAUAUGUCAUCGUUGGAAUGGUAUUCGUUGGAUACACAAUUUUCUUCGCAACCCAUGCAAACGUAGGAAUGGCAGUGGUAGCGAUGACAUCAUCGAAAAACAUCACAAGACCCGAUGGUGUGAUUGAAGUUAUUCCGGCAGAAUUUGACUGGAACUCGAUCCAGAAAGCUACGGCGAUUGGUUCAUUCUCAUAUGGUCGAUUGAUGGGAGCCUUAUUGGCCAUAUACGUGGGACGGAUUGGAGGAAGCACCUCGUACCUUUUGGGACUCGUAAGCACAGCCAUUGUGUUAAUUUCUGUACCGUUUUUAUUGCACGUCAAUUUCUGGUUAUUUGUAGUAGGAAAUGCACUCUGUGGCACUUUUGAGGGGAUUUCAUAUACCAGUGUUCCUCAAAUUUGGUCAAGAUGGGCUCCUCCAGAUGAAAGAGCGAAAAUGGUAUCUAUAAGUUGGACCGGAAUGUACUUUGGACAGAUUGUUUCUUUUUUCGUAGGAGGAUGGAUAUUAUACGAGUGGAAUUGGGAAAUAUUAUUCUACGUCACAGGGAUUACAACAUUAGUAUGGGGCUACAUAUGGUUCAUGGUGGUGAAAAACGACCCUGCUGACGAUAAAUGGAUCUCGAAAGCUGAAAGGGAUUAUAUCAAAGAACAACUCGCAACUAAAAUUGAAGAUAAAAAGUUGGAGUAUCCUUAUAAAGACAUAUUGACCUGUUUACCUUUUUGGAUAACGUGUUUGGGAAAAUUUAGCUACGGAUUCGGUUUGACUUUCAUGAUGUCCUGUUUGCCUCAGUAUAUCCAAGAUACAAAUAAUGUCAAUAUCAAAGAAAUCGGAUACUUAUCGAUGAUCCCACAAAUUUGCGCCGUGAUCGCAAAUCCUCCAGCUGGUUACAUCUUUGACUAUUUGAGAUCAAAUAAGAUACUUUCGCUGACAAAUAUUCACAAAUUAUACAGUUCUGUUGGUUUCUUGGCUGGCACGAUUGCCUUCUUGGCCGCUAGUUUAUGGUCAAAUUUUGUAUUUUCUAUCAUCUGUAUGGCCAUAAGUCAGCUACUGAUCACGUGUGCAGUUUUACAAAACCAGAUAGUGGUUCUAGAUCUGGCCCCAAGAUAUGCCUCUUUUAUGGCAUCUGUGGCAAUGUUCUGUUAUAACUUAGCUUGUAUAUUGACUCCUACGAUGAUCGGAUUUAUUGUCACGUCUCACGGUCGUUUGCAAUGGAGCAUUUGCUUCAUCAUAUUUGCAGCUCAGUUCACCAUAACAGCUUUAAUUUAUAUAAAAUUCCUUUCGGUUAAAUUGCAAAGCUGGGCAAACUACAAGAUUGAUGAGCAAGCAGCUAAGCCGCUCAAUUGUUAGAAAUCAAAUCAUCGACGUGAAAUUCUCCAUUUUUUUUUUUUUAAAUCAAGAACUGGUGUUCUUUGUUGAAAAUACAAAAUGUUUCAAGUACAUACAA